ACCGGAAAUCCUCACCAAUGACUCCACGUACACAGCCUAGCUAGCUCGACCGUUUAAUUCCGAGUCAUUUUCUACUGUUAAUUCUGCAUGGCUUCCUCUGCAGCCUCCUCUUCCUCCUCUGUUUUCGCGCUCCUCGGCGCUGUUUUUGCUUUACACUUGUGCUGCUGCCACGGCCGGCAAGGCGUGGCUGCGAUAUACAGCUUGGGCGACUCCAUCACGGACACGGGGAACCUGGUGAAGGAGGCGCCCCCCGGCGCGUUCGAGACCAUCAAGCACCUCCCCUACGGCGUCACACUCGGCUACCCCACCGGCCGGUGCUCCGACGGCCUCCUCAUGAUCGACUUCCUAGCUCAGGACAUGGGUCUCCCGUUCCUGAACCCAUACCUGGGGAAGAACAAGAGCUUCGACCACGGCGUGAACUUCGCCGUGGCAGGAGCCACCGCCAUGGACCCCGCCGGCCUGUUCGGGCCGCGCAGCUUCUCCAUGCCUUUCACCGUCAGCUCACUCAAGCUGCAGCUUCGAUGGUUCAAGGACUUCUUGAAGUCCAGCUUCGCCACUGAUGAAGAUAUACGCAAAAGGCUCCAAUCUUCUAUUGUCUUGGUCGGGGAGAUCGGAGGAAACGACUACAACUACGCGUUCUUCACCAACAAGAACGUCAGCGAUGUUGAGAAGCUAAUCCCAGCUGUCGUUCAGACAAUCAUAGACGCAGCUAAGGAAGUGCUUGACAUGGGCGCAAGCAGAGUCAUCAUCCCGGGCAACUUCCCCAUCGGCUGCAUUCCUGGUUACCUGACGACAAUGGGGUCCUCGGAGCCGUCGGACUAUGACUCCACGGGGUGCCUCAGGGAGAUGAACCUCUUCGCCGCCAAGCACAACUCCAAGCUCCAGCAAGCCAUUGCCGGUCUCCGAUCAUCAUACCCCAACGCGUCGAUCGCCUACGCCGACUACUACAACUCUUUCUUCAGCAUCCUCAAAAGCGCAUCAUCGCUCGGUUUCGACGCGAACAGCACACGCAUGGCGUGCUGCGGAGCCGGAGGCAAGUACAACUACGACGAGAGGAAGAUGUGUGGCAUGGAGGGGACAACGGCGUGCGCAGAGCCGUCGGCGUACCUGAGCUGGGACGGCAUACACAUGACGCAGGCGGCGUACAAGGCCAUGUCCAGGCUCAUCUACCACGGGAGGUACCUGCAGCCGCAGAUACUGAACUUCCCUGAGAAAAAGGGGAAGAAAUAAACUGAGGGACACUCAAAGAUGGAAGCCUUCCGUGAUAUUUGCAGCCUCAGAGGGGUUCUUCCAUUUGCUACGACCAGUAUAUGUUACUCUUCGCUAUGUGCUCUAUAUAUGUAUCCAGAUUAAAGUAGGAGCAAAAGCAAAACGAUACCGUUUUAGCUGAGCUCAGGGAAGAUACUACAAAUGAUAAAUUAAAUGGCAACAGAAAAAAAAUACAGUAAGAAUUUGAGUUUA